AAUAUUACGCUCAGUGUCGGGCAAUAGUUAUGGAUAUUUAUGCUACUCUUCAUAUUCAAUAAUCAGAUAUCAAUCUGAAUGGAAUAAGUGGGAAAAAGUUCACUAGAAGAGACAAUAAACAAUUAAGAUGAAAAAUGUGAUGAAAAUAAACGGUAAAACAAUGAUCUCCAUGUUAACCAAUUGUUCUUUGACUUUUUAUCUCGUGAAAACCUUGUACCAUUAUAACAUUGAUUAAUGAUGACUCGAAAUAAUUGGAGCAAAAAUAUUACUGAAAUAGGUAAAUUCAAUUUAUCUAUUACGAGCAAAAUUUGCAAAGAGUAUUGAGUAAAUAAACUUCAAGAAUUAUAUAAUUUAAACCUUUUAUUCUAUUAAGCGAAUUAAAAAUUCAUGAGUCAAUUUAUUCAUAAGAGACUGUUUUUUAUUAAUAUAUGGCUAUAUCUUGGUAUUAUGACGGUGGUUUUGGGAUAAAGAUUAGGUAAGUUUUUAGGCCUUGCCGGAACAAGAGGCAUCUGGAAUACACUCUACAGGUGGCAAAGGAGGUAAUUUUUGUCACGGAGACAGGUUCAUCUAGAAUAUCAUUUUUUCAAAUGAAUCUACUCUUGGAGGUCGGAUAGGUGGCGGUAAUGAUGGUUCGUUUCUAUCAUACUCAUCCGGAUCGUCAUCAGAAUGGAGGCAAUGGACGUCGAACUGGAAUCGGUCUUGCUUUUGAGCUAGAAGUCAUUGGUGGUGGUGGUUUUGAUGGUGGACCUACUGAACUACUUUUGCUACUGCUAUUUGAUCCUCCAAGACCUUUGGUAAUAGAAGCAGGCGGCGGUCUCGAUGGUGGUUGGGUUGGUGUUGAUUGAAUUGGAGGAGCUUUUUCAUCGGAAUCAUCUCUAGUUGGACUUGUUUGACAUGGAGUAGAUACAGCGUUAAAUCAUCUCCAAUACAAAGAGUAUUUAGCAAGCUUAACGAAGCUGAAAUAACCGUAGAGGUUUCUUCGGGAUCAGGUAGUAAUGAGCAAGAUUCACACAAAGAUGUCCCAUUGUUCAUUCUCAAACUCAUUUCUUUACGAUGAGUUUCCAUCCAAUUCGGUGUGUGUAGUUCAAUCCAUAAAUUAGUAGAAUCCAACAUUGAAAUCGAGGAUGAUUUGGAGACUUUCAAAACGAAACACUUUUUUAUUUUGAAAAUUAUUUCUUAUUUAAAUUGAAUGAUAUGUUUAAUUGUAGAAAUAAACUUCAAACAGUUAAAAAAUAAAUCUAUUCUCUGAGCUUUAUAGCACUGAUAUGGAACAAGUUUGAGUAUUUAACUUUAAGAUCAGUAAUACAAGUUUAGUUGAUUACAUUGAAUAAAAUAAAGUUUAAUGUUUUAUCAGACAAUUAUUGUAAUUCAAUUUAAUUUCAUCAGAAGGUUACUUUAAAGAUGAGAAAAUUAGUCUCGAUUAAAAUACAAGCUCUCAUAGCCAUUAUUUCAUCGAUAUUUUAAAGAUUUGAGUUUCUACUUUGACUAUUCUGGUCUCACUUGAUUCUUGAUUUGUGAUCAACUUUAUCAAAACACGUUCUUUCUGAAUUAGUAAACCUUUUGCUUCUCUAUAGAGUAAUCUCUGAGAGUAUGGAUGAUAAUUUGUUGAAUAAUAACAUCCAUGAUGAACCCAAGAAGAAAAAAGAUAAAUGUAAUGAAAAAAUUUUCAUUUUUCUCUCUUCUUUCCCUGUCUUUUUUCACACAAAUGAACAACAUAAUAUCGAUGUUUGGGCGUUGGCGUUUUCUUACAUCUUCGUGUCAUCAUAAUCGUCAUCAUUAUCCCUAUUAUCAUCAUGUUCACCAGGAUGAUCGUAUUCUCCUGCUUUCUGGUUGUUACCUUUUUAUUCAUCUUUUGUCUUCCUUUUCUUUCCAUCGAUUUAACCACAAACAUUUCUUUUCAAGACUAUUGUACUCGUAAGUUAUUGACUAUCACCUCUGCUUUUCUCAUUCACAUUCUUACCUUCAUCAUCUUCAUUCCAAUCCUCACCAAGCUCAUCUUGUUCAUCAUCCACAAUCAUCUUCAUCAUCGCUGUCGCCAUCAACAUGACUACCGAUCACAAUGGCACAAAAUGAUAGUUUGUUUGACUAACUUUCGACUCGAUACUUUAUCUGAAAUUAUUUUCUACUUUCAUUUAUAAUUGUAACAAAUUAUUCUCAAUGGUUUAUACCUUUUUUUAUAGAUUAAUCAACAACUGAAAAAGUUUCCACUUUGAUUGUUAAUGUUAUUGAUAAACCCAAAGAUGAUUGGUAAAUAUUCACCAAUGGAAGCAAAUAAAUCUUCAAGUAAAUCCAUCAUCAUCUUCACGUUUGACCAGCCUCAUAAUUUCAACCCAUUUUCACCAUUGAAUACCAAAAAGUCAACUUUUUCAUUGAUUAUCUUUUUAUGUUAACCAUCCAAAUAAACAAUAUUUAUACAUUAGUGCAAUUUGAAUACUUGUUAACCAGUAAACAUUUUUUUGCAAUUUGAUUACCAGUUCAUCUUUAACCAAGAGAUGAACAUUGUAUCUCAUCUUGAGGUAAACAUUUUAUAUCUUCUUCUAUUUGUUAUCACAUUUUAUAUCAACUUCACCAGUGUUUUAAACAACGUCACUCCUGAUUCAAAUUGGACUUCAAAGUGUCCAUCUCAAUGUCAUUGUGAUAUUGAUGGAUUUGGCAAGAAGCGAAUUUUAUGUUCAAAAGAAACUUUAUCUUAUAUUCCAAUUCAACAAAUGGAUCCCAAUAUUCAAGUUUUAGCUAUAAAAGGCAGCCAAAAUAAAUUACACAGUUUGUCAAUUGGACGUAUAUUUGGUUCAUUUUUUGAUCUAGAGCGAGUCGUCAUUACUCACAGUCAAAUCCCUGCUAUUGGAGAGGCAACCUUUUGGCCUGGAGGUAAAAUCAGAGUCAUUGAUUUGUCUCACAAUAGGAUUCAAUCGAUUCAGGAAACUGAUUUUAUUGGCCUCGAUCAACUGGAUGAACUUAAUUUAGCAGACAAUAGGAUAUCAACACCACCUUCAGCGCCCUUUAAGCAUUUAACAAAUCUAACAAGCCUUUCAAUUGCUCGUAAUCGCUUGAAAACAUUGGUUCCUCGAAUGUUUUUUCAAUUGAAAAAAUUGGAAACUCUCAAUUUAUCUGGAAAUCCGUUGGUAGCAAUUCACCCUGAUGAUAUUAAGGAUGCGGUUAAAUUGAAAAGAUUGUACUUGGCCGAUUGUCAACUGAAGCGCAUUCAUUCAUUAAUUUACGAAAGAUGUAAUCGUUUAAAAAUUCUUGAUCUCAGUAACAAUCAAUUCAACUCACUGGCAGCAAAUGAAUUUAAAUUCCUGACCAAUCUGAGAUCUCUUUUUCUUGAUGGUAAUCAAAUUAGCUCUCUAACUGACUAUACUUUUAACGGCUUGCAGUUGGACAAAUUGACACUUUCACGCAAUGGAAUGGUUAACCUUUCACCUUGUGCCUUUUGUAACUGUUCGGUUACCAUUCUUGAUUUGGCAACCAACAGGUUCACGGUAUUUGGACCACGAGUGUUAGCUCCAUUAUCGGAGAGUUUGGCCAUUUUAAGAGUCGCAAACAAUUCACAUUUAGUAGACGGAUCUACAUCAAUUGAAAAUUUAAUUACUCCUCUAAAUCGAUUGACUCGUCUGUACCUAUCUUCAGUCAAUUUAGAUGAUUCAUUUUCAACUCAAACGUUUCUCGGAUCUUCAGUGACCCUAGUCUAUCUUGAUUUGUCUUAUAAUUUAUUAAUCAACAUAUCAGAGACACUUAUUGCGCCUUUAGUAAAUCUAGAAGUGUUGAACCUUUCAUUCAACAAGAUGAGAGGUUUAACUCCAGUAUUCAUUUCCACAUUGGCAUCACUUGACCACUUGAAAAGUGUUUACCUUGAAGGGUCUCAUUGGUCAUGCUAUCGAUGUCACAUUUCACCGUUGAAAGACUGGUUAAACAGCCAACCCAUACCUUAUGAAUCAACCUGCCAAAAGGGAACAGCUUCAUGUGUCCGAUGCUCAACACCUAGUGAUCUUUAUGGACGCCAUGUUAGAGAUACAAAUGAAUUUGAUCUUGAAUGGUGUCCAGAUCCAACCAUAUCACUUCGUCUGGCUACAUCUGAACCCAGGAUCGGUCUAAUUCUUGCACUGAUCAUUAUUGUUUCCAUUAUUGUUAUCAUCAUUGUUAUCGUUGUUAUGUACAAAUCUGGUGGAGCUGUUUACUAUACUCAUGAAGACGAUCGGCUUAGUGAUAAAACAGUUUUUACCAUUCAACAAGCUGCUCGUGCCACUGCCAUGGCUUUUUCACCUACAGCUAUCUCAUCUUCUGGUUCAUCGCCACCAAUGUCGCCAAAUGCAGACACAAUUACUUCAAAUCAUUCAAGUCCAAACUCUCACCAACUGCAUCAAACAAGUAAAGGUGCAAUACAAAAAUCAUCAUUCACAGGAUCCCACAAUAAACCAUCAAUGGGAAAUAAAAAAGCCUCAACAGGGUCAAAUGUUUCAUCUCACCAUCAGACUAAACCUAAAAUGGUUUUUUGA